AUGUGUAGAGAAAACGUACAAGUACAGGACAGGGAAGAGAAAAAAAAAACAGCAGCUAUCAAUAUAAGGUCAGACACCUGCCAGAAAUGUGAUCACCUAAACAACUCAAUUGCCGCAGAAGAAAAUGCAGAAACUAAAGUUCGCUUGGAAACUGAAAAGCGUAUACACUUACAAAAAGCCGAAGUAUUUUAUGCGAAAUUACGGGAAUAUACAAAUCUUGCCCGCGAAGAUGAAUCAGUUGAUGUAUUACGUUUUGAUUACCAACAAAACUUGCCACUGCCGCAUAUUCCUUCAGGUGAUGCGUUUUAUAAAAGGCAGUUAUGGGGAUAUAACGUUUGUAUACAUUCUGCCAAGAAGAAAGAGGCAACUUUUUAUAUUUAUGAUUAUUAUGUUUAUGCUAAAAAGGGUUGCAACGAGGUGAAGGAUGACGUCAAUGAAAGAAAUAUUGAAAGCAACGCGCAAAAUAACGCUUUACCAGCAACUGUUACGCAAUCUUUAGCUUCGGUUAAUGAACCCUCGACAUCGAAGACAUCAAAUGGUUUUAACAUACUGUCAAAUGAUAUUCAUCCACUCCCUAAAAUGACAUAA